CACGACGCGUCAAGUAAUCGCAUAUAUGUAUCUGUUCGAUUACGGUCCAACGAAUGUGAAUUCAUAUUUAAUAGUGUCAAUUAUCGCUGCACGUUGUUCGUCGCAUUUAUUUUAGAUAGAUCAACUUACAAUUCAGGAAAAUAUGGGCAAUGCAGUCACUACAGCAUCUGUAUCAGCGGCCGACGUGAUCAUGCCGUUGUCUCAACAAAUCAUCAAACCAGAAUUUCAUGAGAUGAGGAAAAGCCAAAGUGAACCACCACCAGAAUGUCCUAUGCACAAAUCGGGUCAAUUCAAUACUAUAAACUAUACCAGCGAAUGUCCAAUAGACAAAAUGGAUGAGAGUGAUAUAAAUCCAUUAAAUAUGAUGCCACCAGCGAAUCAGCAACCUGCACCAGAUCAACCAUUUCCUUUGCCAAUCGAUAGACAGGUUUCAUCGAUACCAAAAGCAACUGGGGAAGGAGAAUUUUGGGUAUAUCCCUCUCAACAAAUGUUCUGGAAUGCUAUGUUGAGAAAAGGAUGGCGAUGGAAAAAUGAAGAUAUCUCGCCAAAGGAUAUGGAUGACAUAAUAAAAAUUCAUAAUGCCAAUAAUGAACAGGCUUGGCAAGAGGUUCUUAAAUGGGAAGCUCUUCAUGCACGAGAAUGUGGUAAUCCAAAAUUGCGCAGCUUCGGUGGAAAAGCGUCCAAAUAUUCUCCACGUGCUCGUAUUCGCUAUUGGCUAGGAUAUGAAUUGCCAUUUGAUCGACACGAUUGGAUCAUAGAUCGCUGUGGUAAAGACGUGAGAUACAUUAUCGAUUAUUACGAUGGUGGAAAAGUUGACGAGAAGUACACAUUUGCGUUACUUGAUGUAAGACCUGCAAUGGAUUCGUGGGAUAACAUCUGGGAUCGAAUGAAAGUGGCAUGGUGGCGUUGGAGAUACCAAUCCAACGAUGAAUCAGUGUCUACUGCCACAGUACAUUAGUCUGUAAAUUAAUAUCAACUUUAAGAUAUGCUAAUGUGAAGAACUUUUAAUGAAUUGAUGAUUAAUGCCUUAAUGAUCAUAUAACGCUUAUUACAUGAAUUAUGAAAAAUCGUAUUACAUAUACAAUGUACGUGUAUAUAAAUUAUACAUAUAAGUAUCAUAAUUAUAAGUUUAUAUUUUAGUUUACAAAACGUCAUCAAAGCGGAUUGAAAACUAUUUGCGUACAUCAUAAUAAAAAAUAAAUUUUGUAUAUAUUUCUUAAAUAUA